AUGUAUUAUAAUAUAAUUCAAAAUAGCCAUAAAGUUAUAAAUAAUAAAAUGGGAGCAGACUGCUCAUGCUUACGUGAAGAUCCAAAACUCAAUAGAGAUGAAAUGACUAUGCAAGACACCCGCAAACCUGGUCAAGCUCAAGAAGCUAAUCAAGAAACAAAAGCCCCUGAUAUAAUUGUCGAUUUUCAGAUAUCUGGCCCAGAUAAUAAUGUAGAUAGCAUUGGAAUCCAAAGCGUAGCAAGAGGUUACUUACUCCCCCCCUCCGUGAGAGAACAAAUCAUUAGAAAAAUCGCUAUUUUUUGCCCAAAAGCCCCCCUCCGCGAGCGAACAAAGUGUUUUUAAUAGAAAAAAUUUUUGAUAUAUAAGUGAUAUUUAUUAUAAUGAAAUCUCAAUCUAAUUCUGUUUAAUUUUAAACAAAUUGUGUUUUAAAACAUAAAUUUUACAAUAUUUGCGAAUUAGGAUUUUUUUAAAUUUCGAAAAAAAAAAUUUUUUAUAAAAUUUUCUAUAACUUUUUUUUAAAAACAAAAUCAACCUCUGUGAGCGAUCAAGAUUUUUUUGUUCACUCACGGAGGGGGGAGUUAGACAGAAAAGAAGUAGCAGCUCUAAAAGAAAUAGGUAAAGUAGUUAAAAGUUUCAGCCCAAACUUUCAUUACGAACCUUUUAACGGAUCCCUUUCAAGCAAAGUCUCUUCCCGUGUCAAGAAAAUUGAAAAAGAGUGGGGUCCUUAUGAUCCUGAGUCUCCUAGUGAUGAUGGAGUAAAAGUUAUUUCCUUUCCUGCUUAUGUCCUCGAUGAUGGAACUAUUUAUGAAGGGGAAUGGAACAAUGAUGGAGAAAAGCAUGGAAAAGGCACUGAAAUUGAGCCAGAUGGCUCAAAAUUUGUAGGAUAUUUCAAAAAUAACAAAAGAUAUGGAGAUGGACGAUUAAUCACUGCAGAAGGAGAUAUAUACCAAGGGCAGUUUAAGAGAGGAAAGCUAAACGGAAACGGAAUCGCAAGACACCCAGAUGGCUCAAAAUAUGAAGGGAAUUUCAAAAAUGGGCUUCCUCACGGAAAAGGCAGAGAAGAGUUCGAAGAAGGAAACUAUGAAGGAGAAUACAGGAAUGGGAAGAAAAAUGGCAACGGAAUUUUCAGCUGGGCUAAAGGAAGCAAAUAUGAAGGAGAAUUCAAAGAUAAUAAUAUCGAAGGCUAUGGGCAUUAUGUCUGGCCAAAUGGAAAAGAAUAUAGGGGAGAAUGAAAAGAAAAUAAAAUGCACGGAUCUGGCACUUUUCUGUGGCCUGAUGGGAGAAAGUAUGAAGGAGAUUAUCAAAAUGAUAUCAAGCAUGGGCAUGGAGUCUUUUCAUGGCCAGAUGGAAAAGUUUAUAAUGGAGAUUGGGAAAAUGGAAAACAAGAAGGCAAGGGAAAAUUGACCUACCCAAUUAAAAAAACAAGAAAAAUGGAGACAAGAUAUGGAAUUUGGAAAAAUGGAGUGAGAACUGCGUGGGUUAAAAAAGAGAAAAAUAGUAAAGAUGAGGAAUAA